AAAGCAAGUAAUAAUGGCCGUAAGCUUAAAAUAGAUCCAGGGACGAGCUCAUUAACGUGAACAUAGAAAGCAGUUCCGCACCUCUGGCCUUACUCCUUUUGGAAAUUGCUUUGGUCCAUUUUUACUUCCUUUUAUUCGACGCACCAGAAAAUAAGACUUUUACCAACAUUUUUACUGCAUUUGACGAUGAACUAAUUUAGACCGGCUAAAAUAAUUGUUCCACUGGGACACAGGAAUUCAACCUCAGUUCAGAAAAUCCCUGACAUCUGACGUAGGAGGAUUUAUAGGUUUAGUGGAAAUUGCUUUCUCCUGCUCUCCAGAUUGCAUCCUGUGGGUUGAUUUUUUUUGCAUGAGUAAACAUCCUUCUAAUAAUGAACAGACCAAUAAUGUCUUAAGAGAGAAAAAGAACAACCUUUUCCUUUUUGCUGUUUCUGGAGAGAGCUGUUUGAAUUUGGAAACCUAUGUUGGCUGUCCCAAAUAUGAGAUUUGGCAUCUUUCUUUUGUGGUGGGGAUGGGUUUUGGCCGCUGAAAGCAGAGUGCACUGGCCCGGAAGAGAAGUCCACGAGAUGUCUAAGAAAGGCAGUAGGCCCCAAAGACAAAGACGAGAAGUACAUGAAGAUGCCCACAAGCAAGUCAGCCCAAUUCUGAGACGAAGCCCUGACAUCACCAAAUCGCCUCUGACAAAGUCAGAACAGCUUCUGAGGAUAGAUGACCAUGAUUUCAGCAUGAGGCCUGGCUUUGGAGGCCCUGCCAUUCCUGUUGGUGUGGAUGUGCAGGUGGAGAGUUUGGAUAGCAUCUCAGAGGUUGACAUGGACUUUACGAUGACCCUCUACCUGAGGCACUACUGGAAGGACGAGAGGCUGUCUUUUCCAAGCACCAACAACCUCAGCAUGACGUUCGAUGGCCGGCUGGUCAAGAAGAUCUGGGUCCCUGACAUGUUUUUCGUGCACUCCAAACGCUCCUUCAUCCACGACACCACCACAGACAACGUCAUGUUGCGGGUCCAGCCUGAUGGGAAAGUGCUCUAUAGUCUCAGGGUUACAGUAACUGCAAUGUGCAACAUGGACUUCAGCCGAUUUCCCUUGGACACACAAACGUGCUCUCUUGAAAUUGAAAGCUAUGCCUAUACUGAAGAUGACCUCAUGCUGUACUGGAAAAAGGGCAAUGACUCCUUAAAGACAGAUGAACGGAUCUCACUCUCCCAGUUCCUCAUUCAGGAAUUCCACACCACCACCAAACUGGCUUUCUACAGCAGCACAGGCUGGUACAACCGUCUCUACAUUAAUUUCACGUUGCGUCGCCACAUCUUCUUCUUCUUGCUCCAAACUUAUUUCCCCGCUACCCUGAUGGUCAUGCUGUCCUGGGUGUCCUUCUGGAUCGACCGCAGAGCCGUGCCUGCCAGAGUCCCCUUAGGUAUCACAACGGUGCUGACCAUGUCCACCAUCAUCACGGGCGUGAAUGCCUCCAUGCCGCGCGUCUCCUACAUCAAGGCCGUGGACAUCUACCUCUGGGUCAGCUUUGUGUUCGUGUUCCUCUCGGUGCUGGAGUAUGCGGCCGUCAACUACCUGACCACUGUGCAGGAGAGGAAGGAACAGAAGCUGCGGGAGAAGCUUCCCUGCACCAGCGGAUUACCUCCGCCCCGCACUGUGAUGCUGGACGGCAACUACAGUGAUGGGGAGGUGAACGACCUGGACAACUACAUGCCAGAGAAUGGUGAGAAGCCCGACAGGAUGAUGGUGCAGCUGACCCUGGCCUCAGAGAGGAGCUCCCCACAGAGGAAAAGUCAGAGAAGCAGCUACGUGAGCAUGAGAAUCGACACCCACGCCAUUGAUAAAUACUCCAGGAUCAUCUUUCCAGCAGCAUACAUUUUAUUCAAUUUAAUAUACUGGUCUAUUUUCUCCUAGAUGCUUGUAAUUCUACAAAUUUCACAUUUCCAUGGCAUGCCCUACAGAAAUAACUGUAUAAUGAAAAAGUAUUUAAGGAUAUGGUUUAAAAAAAAUCCCAGGACCCACCCAUGUUUUCACUAUCCCUUCUGCAGCUUUCCAAAGCUACAUUGACAAGACACUUACUGGUUUAAUUUGCACUUAUUAACCAUCUAUUGAAUACACAGCAUUAUAUUAGGUGCUGCAGGAAAUACGACACUGUAGCGACUGAUGUUAGUUGUUACCCAGAUCCCCUGGAAAAGCACACUACCAGUGUUGUGGGCACAUUUAGUUCCACCCGUUAGACCCUUGAUGCUGUUCACAUGAAUAAUUUAUUUUCCUCCAGUGUCAUUACAUUGUUCAGGCUACGUGAACUUGGAAGCACCUACAGGCCAUUUGCAUGAAAUUCACAUGCACCUAAAUCCUCACUUUGACAGAAACUCAUGCUUCAGUUUAUAACCUAUUACCUGUUUUGUAUGCAACUCCACCUCCGCAUGUUUAUUUUAAUAAAAGGCAAUGAUAAUAUUCACAUUAUUUUUCUUUAUAUGCUGUGGUUCACAGGCUUUACCCCUUCACAAGAAAAGCUCUUUAGAUUGGCGCAAUUGCUUCUGAUUUUGGUGAAAUUUUCCCUGGUAGGGAAACUUUGAAGAUAAGAGUACACACAUGCAUUUUGUCUGUUGUGUCAUAGAGGUAACUAGGCUAGAAAAUUUGUGUUUAAAUGUUCCCUAUUUUAUAUAAUCACCACUUCAUGUUUCUUCUUCUUGGAGCAUGUCCUUGUUCAAAGAGAAGUCCUUUCUCAGUGAUGUGAUAUCUUCACUGAGGAACUUGGGUAGAGAAUGAUUUCUUCUGCAUAAACAUUUCAAGGAAAUACAUAAUUUGGGACUACUUGUAACUCAUUAGAAUGAGAAAUACUCACAUGGUUUCUUAAGAGAAAAAGAACAUCGGAAAGCAAAAUAAAUGGGAAGAUAUCACUGGACAUCUGCAUUUAUACUCGAAAUAACCAGCAUUUUCUAUGGACCAGAAAACUGCCAUCACCUAGACCACACAGCCCAGAUACCAGGCAGAAGGAUGGCCCAAUGGCAACUGAUGUCAGGGCAUGGGGUAAAGGAGAGGGUUCUAAUCUGGUGUAUCACUUAAAAACAGUUAUUUAUAUUAUAUAUCUGCUAUAUAGAUCAACCUCCACCAAACUUACCCAAACAGCAAUUGUUUUAUUUGAAACUCACUUUAAUAAAGUGAAUUAUAUACACAA